AUGCAGCCUCGUCUAUGCUUAACCCUGAUAAUUGUCUUCAGUGUAUUGAUUUUUCUUUCAUUACUCUCCUUAUGUAUCCUAUAUCCGUUUAUAUGGUAUCUAAUCACUCGGCAAACUCGUAUUAUUCCAGGAUCUUUUGUCUAUCCAGAAUGGUUACAGCCAUCAAUUCCUGUCUAUGCUCAAUUCUAUCUGUUCAAUUUAACAAAUCCAGUAGAAUUUCAAGCCGGUGAAAAACCUCGUGUCGAACAACUUGGACCAUAUACCUAUCGUGAACAACGUGUCAAGUUCAAUGUUUCAAUGACGAAUGAAUUUAUCAGUUAUCGCGAAAGGAAACAAUAUUAUUUUGAUAAAAAUUUAUCCAACGGUACAGAAGCGGAUGUUAUUACCGGUGUGAAUUUAGCUUUUGUGACAAUUGCAGAAAAGAUGAAUUCAAUGCCAUGGUUUUUGGAUAGAGUGAUUGAAUUGAUAGAGAAGUACCUCAGUGAUACACUAAUUGUUAGAAAGACUGUCAAUGAACUCCUCUGGGGAUAUGAAGAUCAAUUUUUGUCAUUAUUAGUAAAACUUGGUUUGAAUAUUCCAACAACACGGAUUGGUUUAAUGAUUAAUGUGAAUAAUACAUUAAGUGAUAGUAUUACUAUUGAUAGUGGUUUAAUGAGUAGUCAGAUGGUUGGGCGUAUUGUUAAAUUUCAUGGGAAUGAUACACUCUCCUAUUGGACAACACCGACAGCUAAUAUGAUCAAUGGUACUGAUGGGACAAUAUUUCAUCCAUUUAUUACGCAGGGCGAGAAACCGUACAUCUUUUCAGCAGAUCUAUGCCGUUCGCUACAAUUUUAUGCCGAUUCAGUAACUCAAAUGAAUCAAUUGCCGGUGAUUAAAUUCCUCCCGAUGCCAGAUACCUUUAAAUCACCGAAAAGUUAUGAAAAGAAUAGAGGGUUUUGCUUGAAUUGGCCUGAUUGCUAUGGUGAUGGUGUUUUAGACAUGUCCUCGUGUCAGCCAGGUGCACCAGUGGCUAUGUCUCAACCGCAUUUUUUAAAUAGUGAUAAAUCCUAUCAGGAGGCUGUCGACGGUCUUCAUCCCAGUGAAGAAUUCAAUACAGUCAUCUAUGUGGAACCAAAUACCGGUGGUAUAAUAAAAGCUGAAAAAAAGAUGCAAGUUAAUCUUCAUGUUAAAAAUAAUCAAAAAUUUGUACAAUUAAAAAAUCUAUCCACUGUUCUCCUACCAAUCAUGUUUAUUAAUGAAUCUGUACAACUGAAUGACACACUAAUUGAUCAGUUGACCUAUGGAUUAAUUAAAGCGCCGAAGAUAGCAAAGAUUAUUUUAGUGUGUAUUGUUACAUUUUCAAUACCUGUAAUGUGUUUCAUCCUGUCAGUACACUUUUAUCAAAAAAGGAGAAAUUCUAAUACAUACGUGAAUUUCACUGACGAUCAAACACAGGGAGAACAGCAGCAAAACCAACAACAACACCGACAGCAACAAGAGGAACAAAUGACUGAACAACUGAUAACUCCUCAUUAUCCAGAUGGGACAAAUCAGCAUUCAAAUGAAGAGAAAUCCAAUCAUCAUCAGCAGCAGCGACAACAAAUUGAUGACUGUAACCCAAUUGUUGUCUAA